AACGCCAAUUCUUGGAUCUUGAUUUUCAUCUUGAUUUUCUCAAUCAAAAAUGGCUAAUCUUCUCCUCUUGCUCCUCUUACCUCUCUUUGUAACCAUUCCCACAGUCAAUUCCAUUUUCUCCGACUCCAUUACCACCUCUCUGUCUUCCACAGGCUUCGCCCUCUUCGUGCACGCCCUCCGUGCCCACAACCAUACUUACCCCCCCACCGCCGCUACCCGUCUCACUUUCCUGGCACCGCUGGACUCUGCUCUCAUCAACCAUCGCAUCGAUGACAGGUUCCUCCUCAGCCAUGUUUCCCCAGCUGGAGCCCUUCCGUACGAGUCCCUCCUCUCCCUCACGCCCAAUUCUACCCUCUCCACUCUCCACCAGGACAACACCCUCGUCGUCCGUAGCAACCGUUGGGCGGUUCGUUUCAACGACAUUCCUGUCGUCGCCCCGAAUCUCUAUGUCGAUGAUUCUUGCGCCGUUCACGGCGUUGACGGGCCAUUAGUUCCUGCCUCGCUGCCGCCACCCGCCAACAAUCCUCCAAAACCAAGAACGGAGAUCCCACCAUCUCCUCCGCGGGUUCCAAGGCGCAAAGCGCUUCAGAUUUCAGCGUAUUCACGGUUCGUUCGCCGCAGAAACCGUCCAAUUCACGUCGCUGAGAAAUGGGUAGCAACUAAUUCGCCUUGAUCAGGACUCAAAAUCUUGCGUUUUUCUUUCAUUGGGCAUCGACUUCUCCAUCUUCCUUAUCAGGCUCAUUUUUGUUACCGAAAACUACAUUCAUUUCGGUUAAUAAUCAUGGUUGUUUCGA